CCAAAAUUGAAAUUUUGCUGGAAGGUUCCGCCCCCAGUUGGACGAGUCCAUUCUACGAACGCCGCUCGCUCAACGACCGCUCGUUCACUUGCGGCAAAGUUUGUGUUGCGGCUUCUCCUGCUGGUCCUCCUGUGCUCAAAGCUUUCCUAUUAACUAACCAACAUGUGUGACGAGGAAGUUGCUGCUCUCGUUGUUGACAAUGGCUCCGGCAUGUGCAAGGCCGGUUUCGCCGGUGACGACGCUCCCCGCGCCGUCUUCCCAUCCAUCGUGGGCCGCCCCAGGCAUCAGGGUGUGAUGGUCGGCAUGGGCCAGAAGGACUCGUAUGUGGGUGACGAGGCCCAGUCCAAGCGUGGUAUCCUCACCCUGAAGUACCCCAUUGAGCACGGCAUCGUCACCAACUGGGACGAUAUGGAGAAGAUCUGGCAUCACACCUUCUACAAUGAGCUGCGUGUUGCCCCCGAGGAGCACCCCGUCCUCCUCACAGAGGCUCCCCUCAACCCCAAGGCUAACCGUGAAAAGAUGACUCAGAUCAUGUUCGAGACCUUCAACACCCCAGCCAUGUAUGUCGCCAUCCAGGCUGUGCUGUCCCUGUACGCCUCUGGUCGUACCACUGGUAUUGUGCUUGACUCCGGCGAUGGUGUGUCCCACACAGUGCCCAUCUAUGAAGGAUAUGCCCUUCCCCACGCCAUCCUGCGUCUGGAUUUGGCCGGCCGCGACUUGACUGACUACCUGAUGAAGAUCUUGACUGAGCGUGGCUACAGCUUCACCACCACCGCCGAGCGAGAAAUCGUUCGUGACAUCAAGGAGAAGUUGUGCUAUGUCGCCCUUGACUUCGAGCAGGAGAUGGCCACCGCCGCCUCCUCCUCUUCCCUCGAGAAGUCCUACGAGCUUCCCGACGGACAGGUCAUCACCAUCGGAAACGAGCGCUUCCGUUGCCCCGAGGCCCUGUUCCAGCCCUCUUUCCUGGGCAUGGAAGCCUGCGGCAUCCACGAGACCACCUACAACUCCAUCAUGAAGUGUGACGUCGACAUCCGUAAGGACCUGUACGCCAACACUGUCCUGUCCGGAGGCACCACCAUGUACCCCGGCAUUGCCGACAGAAUGCAGAAGGAGAUCACUGCCCUUGCCCCUAGCACAAUGAAGAUCAAGAUCAUUGCUCCCCCUGAGAGGAAGUACUCUGUCUGGAUCGGAGGUUCCAUCCUUGCCUCCCUGUCCACCUUCCAGCAGAUGUGGAUCUCGAAGCAGGAAUACGACGAGUCCGGCCCCUCCAUCGUGCACAGGAAAUGCUUCUAAGCCUUUUAAAACACUCCUUUCUCCUACAUUUUUCUCUUAUGUUCGAGUCAAUGGAACCCCUACGAUCCAUCGUUUUGUAAUAACAGCAGAACUCCUUCCCACUUCAGAGCAUUCCUUGUUUGUUUUUUUGUAAUCGUUGCCUCCGAAAGUAGCCAGUUGCCGGUAAAAAUUAAAUCGAGCGACCUGUGCUAAUUUUGGACGCAACUGACGUGAAAGAGACUGUUACCGUAACCGCGGGGGUUCUCCAAUUUGAAAAGAAAUUUUGCAAAAAGACGAAGUGCUUGUCCAUUCCAAGCUCAAUCUUGAUAAUUCCAUUGUAAAAUAUGAAUAUUUAACCAUGCAAGUGCACCGGCUGUAGGGUUCACACAAUCAGAACCACCACCAAAGUGAUCGUCCCAGCGGCCCAGUAUUAUUUCCAGAAAAAGAAACGGCCCCGGGGCAGAAAAGUAACCGGCACACACGGGGCAAUCUCACUGCAUUUUUUGUUGAUAAGUGUGUAUGGUUGGUCGUUCGGCUGCUUGGGCGAUCAAAACUUUCAUGACAUUUGUCAACUACUCUUAAUUAAUAAAUUAUUAUCAAAGCUUCUCAAGAUCAAAGCUUCAAUAAAUAUGUAUAAAAUUCUUAAAAACAA